AUGAUCAACCCGACCUACCUCGCUGUCCGGACGCGCUCGUCGGCCAAUUGGGGCGAUGCGAAAACGAGGGUUCUACAUUCGUAUCGGGACUGGAUCAGAGCUGCACCCGAAGUUCAAAAUAUGUACUCCCUCAGCCUCCCCGUCCCGACGAUCCGAACAAAGAUAAGGCAAGAGUUUGAGAGGCAUCGCUAUGUGGCACAGUUGAAGACGGUGGAUGUGUUGUUGUUUAAUUCGCACCAGGAGUUUCAAGAGACACUGAACUACUGGAAACAGCUCACACACGUGCUAAAGUACUUCCGCACGGAGGAGGAGCCGAAGGCGAGGCUGCCGGCGAAUUUCAUCAAUGGGUUCUUGGAGGGAAGGAACUAGAUCCGCCCCACUCGAGUCGAAAGAGGAUCGAACCCAGAAGACAUUGUAUAUAUGCCAGCCAAUACCAUUUUCCUUACCGUACGCCAUCCAUAAAUCGAACCGUGCAGAUCAACGCCUGUGAAUGCAUCCAAAACCGUGUCUCGUCCCGUUUGGAGAGAGAAGUGGUCAGGUGGUGCUCGCCUUCUUAGCAUUGAACUCGUCCCGCGCAAUCGUGAACUUGUCCAUCACGACUUCACAUAGGUCCGAGAGAUCGUUCAGGCCUUUCUCGAGGACAUCGUAGACGCUUACUUUGUCUUUUCACAAGCGUUAAAAUAGGAAUGCCUAGGACGGAGGAGUGGACAUGGAGGUGGAUGUACGAACCAUAUGUCUGGAUUCGAAGAUGCAUUUUUGCUUCUGAGGGAUGUGGAAUGGAGUAGCCGCAGAACUCGACAUCGGGACUGCAUGGUGUUAAUUCCAGUUUCGGCUAGCAGUAACGAAAUAGGAGC